AUGACACCCAUUCUCCGAAAUCGACAUGAGAAGGUACAAGAAGCCACCAUCAAUCUUAUCGGACGUAUUGCGGAUCGAGGAGCCGAGUUCGUACCUGCCAAGGAAUGGAUGCGAAUUUGUUUCGAGCUGUUAGAUCUGCUCAAAGCUCACAAAAAAGCUAUCCGACGAGCCGCUGUCAACUCUUUCGGUUAUAUCGCCAAAGCUAUCGGUCCUCAAGAUGUAUUGAGUGUUCUCUUGACUAAUUUAAAGGUGCAAGAGCGUCAGUCUCGUGUCUGUAGUACUGUUGCCAUUGCUAUUGUAUCGGAAACUUGUGGACCUUUCACAUGUAUCCCUGCCAUCCUCAACGAAUACAGAACACCCGAACUCAACGUCCGAAAUGGUUGUCUCAAAGCUCUCGCUUUCGUUUUCGAAUAUGUCGGUGAAAUGUCCAAGGAUUAUAUACAUUCAGUCGUUGGACUAUUAGAAGAUGCUUUGACGGACCGAGAUCAUGUACAUCGACAAACUGCAUGUGCUAUUGUCAAGCAUUUGGCUAUCGGUGUCGCUGGUCUCGGUUACGAAGAAGCUCUUACCCACUUGCUUAACCUUGUCUGGCCAAACAUCUUCGAGACGAGUCCUCACGUCAUUGGAGGUGUGAUGGAUGCAAUCGAAGCGAUGAGAUUGGGUGUAGGAGCUGGACCUAUCCUCUCGUAUGUUCUUCAAGGUCUUUUCCACCCUGCAAGGAGAGUAAGAGAGGUGUACUGGCGUAUGUACAAUACCCUCAUUCUCGGUGCAUCUGACGCCAUGGUCCCCUUUUAUCCCAACCUCGGUUCUGCUGCGGAUCUGGCGACUGGACAGGACUAUACUAGACACGAACUUAUGAUGUGGGUCUAG